GUACGUCGAAAAAAAAAACAUUUGUUUUAAUGUUGAUAUAUUUUUUAAAGUGUAGAAUAUAUCACUAAACAAUCUUGAUAGUUGAACAACCAGCGUUAUCAAGAAAACACGAAAUCUUUAGAUAAAACAAUCUCAAAAACAUAACGGUUGUAGCUAAUUUUAAAGAGGCUGUGUCAAGUGUUUUUAUUUGAAUAAAUACUAGUUUUAUUACUUUAUUAGAAACAUUGGUGUGGACCGGACGCGGCUAGCUGUAUAUUUAAGUGCACGAAGCAAGCGCCAUGGGAGUACUAGGGCUGGUAAAGACGGCUUUCCGCAAGUACCCCUUAUUGGCCAACACGAGUAUUUACGCUACCUUCUAUACGGCAGCGGAGCUAUCGCAGCAGACAUUCAACAAAUAUAAUUCGCCUGAAAAGCCGGAGAUAGACUUCAAGGCGGCGUCGCGUAUCGUGGCCGUCGGCACCUGCGUUUACGCGCCUACCUUGUUCUAUUGGUAUAAAUUCUUAGACUCGAAGUUUGUGGGUAAAUCGAUGAAGACAGUGAUCACGAAGGUGGCGAUCGACCAGUUCACAAUGACCCCGUUUUUGCUAGCUAGCUUUUAUGUCAUUCUUGGCUACUUAGAAGGCAGAGAAAGCGUCUUCGACGAGCUAAAAGAAAAGUACUGGAAGACUUUCGUCGCCAACCAAUGUUUCUGGAUUCCUGGACAGACAAUCAACUUUUACUUUAUGCCUCCCAGUCUAAGGAUAGUCUACAUUUCUUCAGCUUCCUUCAUUUGGAUCAACGUGCUUUGCUUUAUUAAAAGGCAAAAAAUGACUACUGACACUCAGAAGGAGCUAUAAAAAGAAAAAAGCAGGAUUACAAAUGGCGGCACGUAACUUUAGCGCUGAGUGAAAUGCGGAGGGGAUAGCUGCGCAUGGGGAUAUAGCCUUCGCUCCCUGUAAUCGCCAGAGAUACUUGUUUUUGAGUUCUGCGCAAUAACGGUCAGUGCUAAAGUUACGUACGUUGCCGCUACUUGUAUCUUGUUAGAAAUAAAUAGUAAGAUAAAGAAGAAUUACUGGAAGACAUUCCCUAUCAAACUAGAAGUAGUGAAAAGGAUGAAAAAUAAAUGAAAGGGAAAGUUUGAAAAAAAAAAAAACAUCGAUUGUAGGGAUAGUUAGUAUAAUACUGGAAAUGUUUCUGACAUUUUUGCUCUGUUAGAAAGCAACAUGUCUGACCAAUGAAAUAUUAAAAAAUAAAUUACUAAUAAUUAUCCCAGCUAUGUGGUCUUUGAAGAGGACGCUACUGAUAGGAAUUUAAUUAAAUAUAUGUAACUAAUAAUAUCUUCCCAGUUUAUGUAGUAGGGUCUAGUUUAAUAGUGUUAAAAGUAUUAUACGUAAUAUUAUACAGUGUAAUAUAAAAUUAGACUUCUAUU